CAGCGCAGGCCGAGUUCUGCCGAGGAGACCCGAGUGCGGCCGAGGCCCGCGUCUCACUGGCUCUGAGCUGAGGCGGCUGGACGCACCCCACCCAACAGCCAGGCGGAGCCAGAGAUGCUGUCCCGGGCUGCGCGGCCCCGCCCGGGCCCCCGGCCGCCUCUGACCUUGCCCUUCCCUUUGCUGCUGCUGCUGCUCGUGGUGUUGAGCGGCCCAGUGUCGGGCCGCGUCCCACGUUCCGUGCCAAGGAUCUCGCUUCCCAUCUCUGAGGCUGACUCCUAUCUCACCAGGUUUGCUGUCCCUCAUACGUACAAUUACUCUGUUCUCCUUGUGGAUCCUGCUACCCACACACUUUAUGUUGGCGCCCGGGACAGCAUCUUCGCUUUAUCUCUGCCCUUCUCAGGGGAGAGACCCCGCAGGAUUGACUGGAUGGUGCCUGAGGCUCACAGACAGAACUGUAAGAAGAAAGGCAAGCGAGAGGAUGAAUGUCACAAUUUUGUCCAGAUUCUCGUCAUUGCCAAUGCCUCUCACCUCCUCACUUGUGGCACCUUCGCUUUUGAUCCGAAGUGCGGGGUUAUUGAUGUGUCCAGCUUCCAGCAGGUUGAAAGACUUGAGAGUGGCCGGGGAAAAUGUCCUUUUGAGCCAGCUCAGCGGUCAGCAGCUAUAAUGGCUGGGGGUGUUCUCUAUACUGCCACUGUGAAAAACUACCUGGGUACAGAGCCGAUCAUCUCCCGGGCCGUGGGUCGCACUGAGGAUUGGAUUCGAAUAGAGACCUUGCCAGCCUGGCUUAACGCCCCAGCCUUUGUCGCAGCCGUGGCCCUGAGCCCAGCCGAGUGGGGGGAUGAAGACGGAGAUGACGAAAUCUACUUCUUCUUUACUGAGACUUCCCGAACAUUUGACUCAUAUGAGCACAUCAAGGUCCCACGGGUGGCCCGUGUGUGUGCGGGGGAUCUUGGGGGUCGGAAGACCCUUCAGCAGAGGUGGACAACUUUCCUGAAGGCUGACCUGCUAUGUCCAGGGCCUGAGCAUGGCCGGGCCUCCACAGUCCUGCAGGACAUGGCUGAGCUUCGACCUGAUCUUGGAAUGGGGACCCCCAUCUUCUAUGGCAUCUUUUCUUCCCAGUGGGAAGGGGCUGCCAUCUCUGCUGUCUGUGCCUUCAGACCACAAGACAUUCGGACAGUACUGAAUGGUACCUUCAGAGAGCUAAAACAUGACUGCAACAGGGGACUACCUGUCACGGACAAUGAUGUGCCCCAGCCCAGACCUGGAGAGUGUAUCACCAAGAACAUGAAGCUACAGCAGUUCAGCUCAUCACUCUCCUUGCCUGAUCGUGUGCUCACCUUUAUCCGGGACCACCCACUCAUGGACAGGCCAGUGUUUCCCGCUGAUGGGCACCCCCUGCUGGUCACUACGGAUACAGCCUAUCUCAGAGUGGUAGCCCACAGGGUAACCAGCCUCUCAGGGAAAGAGUAUGAUGUGCUCUACCUGGGUACAGAGGAUGGACACUUGCACCGAGCGGUGCACAUUGGAACCCAGCUUAGCGUCCUGGAGGACCUGACCUUGUUCCCGGAACCACAGCCAGUUGAGAGCAUGAAAUUAUACCAUGGCUGGCUCCUGGUAGGCUCCCGUACGGAGGUGAUACAAGUGAACACAACCAAUUGUGGUCGUCUCCAGAGCUGCUCAGAGUGUAUCCUGGCUCAGGACCCGGCCUGUGCCUGGAGUUUGCGGCUAGAUGCAUGUGUGGCCCAUGCUGGGGAGCGCCGAGGGCUGGUCCAAGACAUAGAGUCAGCAGAUGUCUCUUCUUUGUGUCCCAAAGAGCCCGGAGAACACCCAGUAGUGUUUGAAGUUCCUGUGGCCACAUCUGCGCACGUGGUCUUGCCAUGCUCCCCCAGCUCAGCGUGGGCAUCCUGUGUGUGGCAUCAGCCCAGUGGAAUGACAGCACUCACCCCCCGGCGGGAUGGGCUAGAGGUGGUGGUGACCCCAGGGACUUUGGGUGCUUAUGCCUGUGAAUGUCAGGAGGGUGGGGCAGCUCGUGUGGUAGCAGCUUACAGCUUGGUACGAGGCAGCCAGCAGGGUCCCUCAAAUCAGGCCCACACAGUGGGGGCUGGACUGGCUGGCUUCCUUCUGGGGGUUCUUGUAGCCUCUCUGACUCUCCUCUUGAUUGGUCGGCGUCAGCAGAGACGGCGACAGAGGGAACUUCUGGCUAGAGACAAGGUGGGCUUAGACCUGGGGGCCCCACCAUCUGGGACCACAAGCUACAGCCAAGACCCUCCCUCCCCUUCCCCUGAAGAUGAGCGGUUGCCCUUGGCCCUGGCCAAGAGGGCCAGCGGCUUCGGUGGCUUCCCUCCACCUUUCCUGCUUGAUCCUUGCUCUAGCCCAGCCCAUAUUCGGCUCACUGGGGCUCCACUAGCCACAUGUGAUGAAACAUCCAUCUAGAGCCAGGCCAAUGAAUGCUAGCAUAUGAGUGAACACAGAACAGAGUGACCACUGAGACCAGGUCACUGGGCCUGGAAGACUGUCAUGGCCUCCCAUUUUUUGUUGAGUCUGAGUGAUCUAGGUAUCACCUGAUUCCUGAUUCCUAUGAGAGUUGGGGCUGCAGUGAACUGGGGUUGCCUCCCUUCCUCAGCUUCUGAGUCCCCAUGACCCUUUAGCCCUGGACUGCUAUCUUGGGCCCCUUAGCUUUGGUGAUGGGGCCCAAGGCAGAGCUCUGGACUUUGCUUUCUGGGAGUGCCCUGGUUAGAAGGAAAAGCCAUGGAGGUAGUUGGGGGCCAAUAUGCACUGAGUCCUUGAGAUGGUUCUUUUGAUUCUCCCAUUUCAUUGAUUCUCUGUGGUGAAUGCAUGAUUCCCUGUGCUGCAACACAGAACCCUCUGCCUGAGGUCCCCGUCCCAGUUUCCCUUCUUCCAUGAAAGAGUGUGUAAAUACACUGGUCAUAGGAGGCCUGGCCACAUGUGCAUGAGUGACUGGGCCGAGGCUUAGGUGCUUCGACAUAGAGAUGGGAAAGGUUGGAAUGGGAGCGUUACCUGCACAACUCCACACUCUGUACCCAGUGGGGAAAUGACUUUUUUUUUUUUCCCUAAAAGGCAACAAAACACUGCCUCUCUCUUCACUGACCCAUAACCUUCAUCUAAAUUGGAGUACAGAGAAGCUCCUAAAGUGACCUUCUGGGUGGAAGGGCCCUGGUAUCUGACCCCAUCCUUCCUUUUGCUUUUGCCCUCUGGUUGUCACCACUGCCAUGCCAUAGACACUCUUUUCCUGCCUGGAGUACAGGUUGGGCCCCUUUUCCUUGGCUACAAUUAAAGAUGAACUUCACAACAUUCUAAAUAUUAGGGGCAGCAAAAGGGGAACAGUAGCAUGAAUAUAAGUAGCUUAAAGAUAGGUUGCAUCAGUGACUUUACUCAGGUUGACACCUUUGCCCUAAAGGAGGAGUCCCCCACCUGGGGCCCAUGGACUCCCUGAAAUUGUAUGCAAAACGUUGUCUGUACAUCUGUACAUGUGUGUCUGUGCUUUUUUGGUUGGGAGGGGGACUUUCAUCAGAUUCUCAAGGCCUUCACAAAGUUAAAGGACCACUGCACUUGGGCCAAGCCCCGGUGGUGCCACUCUGUGGCAGCUCCUUCUAGCCUCACCUGCUGCCGUUGGCCAGUCCCUGGACUUGUAGCUGCUGGAGGGCCUCUGUUUCUCUAAUCCAUGGAAGCUGGGCCCCAAGGAUCCAAAGACAUCGUCAGCUCUUACCAAUGUCCAGACCUUCCUGCUUCACAGCUCCUGCGUGCUCUAGGAUUUCUCCUGCUCAGUCUUGGUCUUGGCCUAUGAAUGUGCCUCAUUCAUCCUGGUGAGGGACUCCUUCAAGCUCCAGUGAAUGGUCCAGUCCUUUCCAGUUGGAGUUUUCUGCUCUACUUUCCUUGGCAGCAGCCUGUGAACUACACAAGAGUCCCCUUGGGUUUGAAGUUUCAGUGGGCUUGCAGUAAAGAAGCAUAUAAUCUUGGGCAUAUAUCUAGGGAUACUGGUUUACUUAUCUGUAAAAUGGGGAUAGUCAUACCUACCUCAUGGUUGCUGCAAGGAUUAAAUGCGAAAACAUAAACA